AUGGCAGAACUUUGCACGCUUUAUUUCGUGUUGCCUCAAGUAGAGCCUUAUGAUGCUGUACAUUUGCCCGAUGAUCUUGACGACGGCGAGAAGAUUCUUGAUGGCGCGAUCCCUAGGCGAGAAGUUAAAUCCAAAUUAACGCCAAUGUAUUUGCGUUACGGUUACCUAAUGGCUGAAAAUCUGCCUCCGAACGCUCUUUGUGAGAAGCAGGUUCUUGAUCGUUUGCCUGAAGUCGUCGGGGGCGAAGAGGACGAGAAUGGAGAUUGUGUUUUUGAAAUAAAUUUUUCUCAAGAUAACUGUAAUUAUGUCGUACAAUUAUUUUUUAGUCCGAAGGAGGAAUCUGACGACGACGAUGAAGAUUCACAUCACGAAGAAGAGGCUUACGACGAUUCCGAUAGCGAUGAUAUGGAAGAGAUUGGGGAAGAUUACGAUAGCGAUGACAUAGAAGAAAUUGAUGAAGACUACGGUAGUGAUGAUAUGGAAGAAAUUGAUGAAGAUUACGGGAGCGACGAUGAACAGAAAGGCGACGAAGAAAUAACUGGAAAUCGCGUUUUUGAAUUGUAUUUUCCGCAAGGAGAUUGCAAUUAUGUUGUCCGAUUAGUUUUUGUGAAUGAAGAAGGAACGAGGUUUCUUGAUGAAGGAGAGGAGUUUCUCUUCGUCGGACUACAGCGAUUAGCGGGAAUUUCAUACGACAUAGAAGAAUCGGAAGAUGAAGUUCCAGCAAUUGACAAUAAAUCUUCCUCUGCUCUGUCGGAAGUUGUAUCGGAGAUUUCACGGAGACUGAUGGAAUCCAAAGUUGGAGAACCUGAUGAUAUUAGAACAGUAGAAGAUGCAGAAAAGCAGAGUAGGUUCAACAAUGAAAUUUGUACAUUCAUCGAUCCUCAGAUGAUAUUAGAACGACCUAACUAUCUAACAGUGCGUGAUCAUCUGCAGCUUCACUCUUCCGCCUGA